AUGGGUCUGCAGUUUGGUCUCCUUGCCCGACUUACAUGGUGGGAGUACUCUUGGGAUAUCAUGGAACCAGUCACCUACUUCGUCGGCUACGGCACAACCAUGGCAAUGUACGCCUAUUACGUCGUUACACGACAGGAUUACUCCUUCCCGCAAGUUUUCGACCGAGAAUACCUGAAGAUUUUCUACAAAAAGGCAACCGAAAAAGGCUUCGAUGUGGAGCGCUACAACCAGUUGUCUGACAAGUUAGCUGCGCUCCGCAGUGAUCUCCGUCGGUUGCAUGAUCCACUAUACUUGAGACUUCCCCUGCAACAGACAAGUCUCCUUGUGAAAGAAGACGUCAAGGAGAGCCUCGAGGCUGGUCCUCCUCCUCCCCCUUCCCCGUCGGCUGGAUCGCCCAACUCUCCACCCACUGACAAACAUCUGACAUAG